UCUCUUCUCUGAUCCUUUGGAAACCUUUGGUCGGAGAGAUCCGGGCCGUUCGAUUGGGAUCUGUGGGGAUCGGACGGAUGCCGAUCGCGGUGGAGGCCGGGGGCGUGGGGGUGGCCUGCGUGGCGAGCUGCGAGCUGCCGGUGGUGGCCGGAGUUCGGCUGGAGGUGUCGGAGUCUUCGAGCAGUUCGUCGAUCGGGGAGAAUAGUGAUGGGUCGGGGGCCGUAGGAUCGGGAUCGGACGGCGAGGAGGUGGAGAGCGGGUGUGGCGGGGCUUUGGAAGCUCUGGAUUCUUUAGAAGAGUUGUUGCCUAUUAGGAGAAGCAUCUCUAAAUUCUAUCAUGGAAAAUCCAAGUCCUUCACAACCCUUGCAGAUGCUACAUCUUGUUCCACAAAGGACUUCAUUAAACCAGAGAAUGCCUACACGCGCAAGCGCAAGAAUCUCCUUGCUUACCAUAUCACCUGGAACACAUCUAAUACCACAUCAAAAAGACCAGCCAUUGCAACAUCCAUGAACAAGAUCAACAACACCACAAGUUAUUGCAAUGGUGAACAAGCAUCACUCAAACCAGCUAAUAUUGCUUCAGUGAUUGGUUCUUCUGGAUUGAAGAAAUGUUGUCUUUCAAUGAGAUCAUACUCCAUGAUGAAUCUUCAAGUCACUUCAAAUUCCAGGCCUGCAAUUAGGCCUAAUAACAAUGAAAAAAUGUAAACUUACUCAUAGGCAUAUAUUUUUCUUGUAUUAUUACUCUUUUUUGAGUUCUAAUUAUCAAAGCUAAGUUCUACUUGGACUCA